CACACAUCAAAAGAGUAGAGAGGUGGGUGAUUGAAUACAACAAUAUGGACGUUCCUAUAUGCUCAUUAAAAAUACACUUUAUUCUCAGUCUAAAUUUUGGGAUGUAUCUAAAGUGUGGGCCCAAACAGCCACAUAUUACCUGUGGUUUGUGCCCGGUAAACAUUUGCCCAUUGGUCAGCCGAGGGGGCGUGAUAAAUGCUGUUGCCACCAACCAGCGUAAGUUAAUUAUUGACCCUAGCUACCAGAAGCGGAGAACUUUUAUUAUUUGAGCGAUACUUUGGGAUGUUAUUUUCGGAAUGUCAUUCCAUGACAAUUCAUGUACGAUUAUCAAUAAACUGUCCUUUUGAAACGGUUUAUAGUUGAUGUGCGACCAACGUUCACUGCAAUGUAAGCAACUAUAGAAGCCACAAUAACGUGUAACAUGAUCCUGUCUCUCCGCCCCUUGAUAGGUUGAUUUGGUGCAGUAUCUUAUUGACCUUCAUACCCGCUGACACAGGUCCGACGGUUGUAAUGACAUAUAUAUGUUGCCCUCAACGUUAGUGCAAAGUCCAGUACAUUAAACCUCCGACCCGUCCAACUGUUGCAGUCGGAUACAGAUAGAGAUGGCGACGUUCUACUUCUAUGUCGUCUGCCUGGUGACGGCGAUGGGGGCGCGAACCUCCAGCUGCCCGGGGCAGCCGGGUCCCUGGCACGUAGACUGUCCUCUCAACUGUACAUGUCUGGAAAACUGCAAUACCUACCUGGGUCGCUGGGUGAAACAGGUGUCCUGUGUGUCUCGCACAACGCUCCACGGAAUAACGUUCCCGCCAACAACACAGGACAUAUCCAUCAGCAACGUGGCCGGAAUAACGACAAUCCCUCCUGACCUGUUCUCCGGCCUUACCGACGUCCUCUCCGUAGAUAUCUACAACGUCUCCAUGUCGACCUCCCCGCCUGCCAAUCUCCUGAGCGAGCUCCAGGGGUUGCGAACACUGAGGCUGGUCUCAGUCAGGCCGGUUAAUUUAAAGAUGUUCGCCAACCUCAGGCAACUCAAUCAGCUUGAUCUCCACAAUAAUGACCUAGAGAACGUUCAGGUGCAAGCCGGCGUGUUCCACACCCUCACCAGCCUUACGCACCUACACCUGGAGUCCAACUCCUUAACUUACCUGGAACCAGCCUGGUUCCGUGAUACUGUUAAACUAGAAGCCGUCAGUGUCAGUGACAACAACAUCCAUUAUAUAGACAACAACACAUUCCAGUAUCUAAGUGAGCUUAGUGAACUGAAUGUACAGAAAAAUCCCCUCGUCCGCGUAGAGAUGAACGCAUUCCGUAAUCUAAACAACUUGAGAUCCAUCUACAUGGACAGGAACCAACUGGACACCGUGGGUCAUGUUCUCAUCUAUGCUCAGCUGCCCAAACUGAUCAACCUGUACCUACAAACUACCCGCUAUUACUGGAAGCACGUCACCACUUUCAAUCAGACCUGGUACUUCAGAGGGUGUCCUCAGGGGUAUUGCGUGAACUCGCUGUCUUGUUCGGUAUCCCGGAAUACCCCAUGGUGUGUCUGUACGAAGGAGUACAAAGGGGACCGCUGCGACGAACAGAGAAUUACUAGGGGAGAGUUUCUUGGUAUCUUCGUGACCGCCAUGGUUUUUGUGGGGAUCUCUGUGGUGAUCAUCCUAGUUAACGUGGGGCGCGUGGUGGCGCGGUCCUGCAAGCUGCCGCGCUUCAGGAAACUCCAGGAAACUCCACAACCCUCACUGAAUCCUCCUAUGCCUCAGAUGACAUGAAAACACCGCUUAAAUCUAGAUUCACUGCAGAAUAUCCAGAACUAUCAUUUAAACGUACUGUAUUAAAGUUGUGUCAAAGUUGAAAUGUUUGAAGACGAAAUGUUGAGGCAAAUCGGCCCUUUUCUUCCAGCCGUCAGCUAGCGACUAAAAUCAGGUAAACCCUGUAUAGUCCUUUCGGAUUUUCUGACCGCUUUCCACCUUACUUGUGACAUGGGAAAUGUGGACCUAAAGAAAAAAGGUAUACAAACCUGUCAGUGUGCAACGAACAAAACACAGACUUUUGAGUUUAGACAUUUUUAAAUGGUUAUUCUAUAACUCAAUCAAAUAUGAAAUGAAACAUGGAAUGCCAAGUUAAAUCGGGCGUAGAAAAGCGAACUCAUAAUGGAAAUGGAUAACGCUAAGAUCCAAGUGCAGCACAAUCCUACCAUCACACAAAGGACAGCUCGCGCGUAUCCGACGUCUAUGCAGCGGCUCAUGCAAAGGUUAUAAUGGUAAUCCGCUUUACUAAAAUGUAAUCCACCAGUAAUUCAAAACUAGGCGUGGACUAGGAGAGAGAAUUGAAAUAAAUCACACUUUGGUGAAGUUUAUAUCUGAAACAUGGUUUGUUGGUGCAGUAUAUCACGGAUGACUAGUUCGACCUGAU